UCCAAAGUAGUGCAGGCUAACGAUUCUGCCAGCCAAGCGGCCUUAUCCCGUCAUGAUGUUUUGUCUUCGGCCAUGAGUAAACCAGUCUCGACGACAACCUGUCCUGGAUCUCGUGUUGCCACCGCGCUUUGUUCCCAUCGGCCCAGCACUCCUCGUUCAUCCUGCCACCAAGAUCACUUGGUCACUGGUUUAUCACAUCAAGAUGGCGAAGCUGGCGAUUCUGAAUCCCUGGUCGAUGCAACAGCCGAUCAAUUUGCUCGUCGUCCUACCCGCGCUAGUGCCCCUUGUGCUCCACAUUCGUUGGUCAAAAAGAUUGCCGCCCUUGAUCGACUAGCAGCCGGCGAAACUCAGACUGAGGUAGCCGCUAGCAUUGGCGUGAACCCAGCUCUCCUGGAUCAGUGGCGAUCAAAUGAGUCUACACUUAGGAGAGUGUAA